AGGAUGGCACCACUGCACUCCAGCCUGGGUGACAGAGUGGGACCUUGUCUCUAAAAUGAAAAUUAAAAGGGAAAACAUGAUCCUCCGGGAGCUGAGGUCGCUGCCUGGGGCUCAGCUGCUCCCGAAAACACAGUUCUGGGCGGCUGACCCUGGCCUGCCUGCCCUGCCACCGGGAGCCCCGGGCUCUGGAUCGUCACCCUCUGCAAGGUGCCUCCCUGGGUGGAGCUGCCCUGCCCUGCGCUAUAUGGAGCCCAGGCCAUCGGUCUGGAUCCUAGAAGGGGGCGCCCAGCGUCCCGGCUUCGUCACUUAUCCCCAGCUCCAGCCGCAGGAGUUACCUCCAUCUGAGGCUGCUGGCGGUUCCUUUUCCUUGAGAGGAAAUGAUUCCCCCGCUGAGCCUUGUUUAGUUGUGCGUCACGUUGAGGUGUCUGGCCUUGGGUUGAAAACACUACCUCUUCCAUCAGAAAACCGGUCACCUAUGAGCUGUUCCAAGUUAUAGGUGGUGCCAGAGAACUUUGCCGCCCAGCGCUGCUCCAGGGACGUGGGGCGUGAGCGCUGCAGCCUUACUUAGGUCGGCAGUUGGGGCCUCACAGCAGAAACUCAGACCAGACCUGGCCACCCAGGCCCCCCGCUGUGGCGCGGAACACUGCACUUCUCUGGUGACUCCACCAAAACUCAGAGGAGCUCAGGGGCGCCAGGUGCUUGUGCGUGGCGAUGCUGGCAUUUUGUUAGCUGGUGGGUGUGAGACAGAAUGUGAGGGCAUCGUUCCUUGGGGGCUGCUGGAGAGGAGCUUGGCUGCAGUGCUGACCAGGUGCUGAUGCGGUAGCCCCUGCCUUGGGUCUGGGGUAGUGGGAAGCCGGCGUCACGGGCGUCUCUGGGACCCCAGGCACGCUCUCCCCCUGGAUGACACCCUAAGGCUGCGUCUCUGGUCCUGGGGAGGUGGCCAUUUCUAAGUGUGCUCUGGUGGCCCUUGAGGCCGUGUGAGGUUGGACAGUUCACAAAACCCUGUUUAGGGCAGUUGUCAUUUUUAGAUCAGUUGCUUUACAAACUUUUUUUGCACAUACAGAACUCUUCUCUGAAUCUCCUUCCAAAAGCAAGCUGUCAUCUUUCUUGCCUCUGAUGUUUAGAGCGACUUUAGGUUAAUGCUGCUUGGAUUUAUUUUGUGCAUGGUGGGGAGAGGUAGGUGCCAGCACCAUCCCAUCCCGUGCUGGGUUCUUGAGAGAAGCUUUGCCACUUGGCUGGGCCGUCCCUGCUGCUUCGCCUCUCGGGGGGCACGUGGAUGGUCCAGGCUUCCUUGGCGGAGCAGAGUCGUGACCUGCCCAAGGAAGUCGGGGGCACGCUUGUGAGCACAGCAUGGGGGCCGCCCAGGACCCCAGCUUCCCCUAGGUCUCUGGUUCCUCGGAGGGCCCCAGUGCAGGUGUGCCUCGAAGGACUGGGGUUUUGAGAUGGGCACAGGCGUGCUCCAGCAGCCCUGGCGACCUUGACCUUGUGGAAUUAGUCAGCUGCCCCUCCUGGGGUAGCCCCCGGCUACCGUACGCCUCCAUGACGUCACAGGGCAUCGCGGGAGGCAUCUGUUUAGUGGAAAGAUCCUCACGCUGAACUCUGCCCCUGGCACCCCGCACGUCACCGUGGCUCUGGCCAGACGGCCCUGUCCCCCAGACCUUCCUUUUCCGCCCAGCUGUGCUGCCGUGGCGGGCAGUGGGCCUGGGGGCCAGGGAGCGGGUCCUUGCUGGGUGGGAGGCCCGGGUGUGUGGGAAUGCGCGCGCGGCUCUGUAAACAUCUGGUGACUCACCGCAUAGCUAUGUCGUGGCCGGCCUGUGCACUGACGUGCUCACGGUGGAGCUGGAAGCGGUGCCCGCGGCCCCUCCCUCUGACAUGGAAAAGUUUCUCAUGGUGCUUCCAGCCGCCGGCAUUUGCAGGUCCCCACGGUGGCGGAGGCAGCUGGGCCCCGGCCUCUCUACUGUCACCCUUGCCCCAGGGCGGGGUACGGAGGAGCCUGGAGUCCCCCUGGCCUUCCCCGGGACCGGCUGGUGCCAUCCUGUGCCAUCUACAUUAGCGCCCUAAGAGCAGCCGGCCUUGGCAGAGGCAGCGGACCCAGCAGCCUGGCGCAGGACCCUGUCUCACCUACGUGAGGACGGCGGGGGCGGCAGCAGGGACGACUCCCGCCAGACGGUCGAACGCUCGGAAGGGCGGCGGCUCCCCCACCUUCCUGGUCUCUGACUGCGGCCCCUGGACCUGCCGCCCCUCAGGAACCCCACACCCCGUUGGGCUGCAGGGUCCUCGCUCGGGGGCAGCUUAGUUGGAGGUGGUGAUGUCACAGCUGCAGCGGCCGGGGCCGUGCUACGAGUUCCAGGGAGCUCUGUCCUGGUAACUGUGCCCAGGUUAUGACGACUAAUCCCAAACCGAACAAGACAUUAAAGGUCAAGAAGGAGGCGGGCGAGAACGCUCCGGUGCUCAGCGACGAUGAGCUGGUGUCCAUGUCGGUGCGGGAGCUGAACCAGCACCUGCGGGGUCUCACCAAGGAGGAGGUCACCCGCCUGAAGCAGCGUCGGCGCACGCUCAAGAACCGCGGCUACGCGGCCAGCUGCCGCAUCAAGCGGGUGACGCAGAAGGAGGAGCUGGAGCGGCAGCGCGUGGAGCUGCAGCAGGAGGUGGAGAAGCUGGCGCGUGAGAACAGCAGCAUGCGGCUGGAGCUGGACGCCCUGCGCUCCAAGUACGAGGCGCUGCAGACCUUCGCGCGCACCGUGGCCCGGGGACCCGUGGCGCCCUCCAAGGUGGCCACCACCAGCGUCAUCACCAUCGUCAAGUCCGCUGAGCUCUCCUCCACCUCCGUGCCCUUCUCGGCCGCAUCCUAGUGCCGGCUGGGGGCGGGGAGCAGCGGGCAGGCGGGCGGGGGCGCGCCCCUCUUACCUGUCACUGGGACGCAGACUCUCGACAUCCGAGUCCAAGCGCAGGCCCCUCAGGCGCGGGCAACUCACACCAGGAUGAGACUGUGGUGCAGGGUGAAGAGUGGGCUCCCGUGGGCCCAGAGCUGCGUGCCGGUCCACACACACGCCCGCCCCCUGCUCCCCACAGGAUGCGUCUGUGUGUGGGAAUUGGCAUCUCGCACCCGUGGGAGUCGGGACGUAUAACGGAAAGGCCCUCGGGAAGUUCCGCCGCCCCCGCGGGGGCUGCCAGAAGACACGGCCCCAGGAGUCAGGCCCCUGUGGUCAGGUCAGCGUGGGGCUUGUUUUCCACUGCAGCUGGGAGCAGCCUUCGACACCUGCCCUGCUGUGGCCUCCCAGCUGGUGCGGGAGCCCCUCGCUGCCCUGACCGACUCCGCAGACCCUGGGAGGAGCAUGGAUGGUGCGUCGGCAGCUCCGUACUUCCAGCUGUCCUGUUGCAGUUGCCCGUGACCCGUGUCUGCUUUAGCAGGGGCCUGCGCAAGUGGGCGCGGUGUGGGAGGCCGCCUACGUGGGGUGGUGUCUGUGUGUGUGCACGUGUGUGUGUGCAGGCCCGUCUGCCAUCACAGCACCAGGGCUGAGGGGGCAGGUGUUCACCGGAGGAGGGCCUGUGGGCACGUGUGGCAGAGAGAGUGGCUCAUACGUCGUGAGGUCUCCCGUGUGCUCUGGUGACCCGAGGAGGUCGUGCAGCACAGCACAGAAGCCCCACCCACGGGAGCUGGCCCCCCAGACACCGACCCCGCAGGCCAUCCUGGCCUCAGCGGACACGGACAGGAGCGUCCCAUCAUUUGAUAGUGAGCAGGACUCAGGCUCUGUGUCCUGGAGCUGCUUCUCACCAGCUGUGGUCAGUGCAGGGGGAACGAGGAGGUCUUUUGGGGGCCUAGAGGGGAAGGGCCGCUGCAGUCUAGGGAGAGGGGGUGCAGCCUGGGGGACGUUGGUAGAUGUGGACGUGGAGGUGGGAGGGAGAGGACGUUGCAUUGGGUGGUGGGAGGAGGCGGGAGCCGUGUGCGAGAGCUGGUGGAAAGGCUUGAGGGGCAGGACCAGGAUGCGGCUGGCUUAUACAAGAGCUCAGGAGUGAGGCUGGCACUCCGGAGGGCAUGGUGGGUGGGGAGGCGGCAGGCACCAGGCCAGGAGAACCUCGUGGAUGUGGCUCCCACGUACACACCCCCAGGAGCACAGCCACGGGCUGUAGGUGUGGCCUUGGCACUCAGUCCUCGCCCGGAGCCUUCGCCUGUUCCUCCUUCCCCGAGCACCGAGGCACUGGUGGGCUUGGCACUCCACCUUGGGCUUCCUUUUCCUGGAGUGCCACCUUGAGGGUCCCUGCUGUGACUGGGGUAUCUGCAGUGGGGGUCGUAGAGCCCCUGCCUGGGGGAGCUGGCGGAAUGUGAGCCACUGGCCGGGGGCCACCACCUAGGACAUGCAAAGUGGUGCCUCGGCUCCCCCUGCCCAUCCAGUAACACCCCCACCGGCUACAGAGCCCAGGCUGGUGCCAGCCACGCUGGGAGGGCAGAGGACAGACAGCCCCGGGGCGGCGACUUGGUUCUGUGUCUACUGUUAGAAGUGAGUGGGAAGCUGCAGGCCCGCCAGGACCACUGGGUCCCUGUGAAGCAAAGGCCUGCGAGUUCCCAAAUAGCCGUUGCCCCCGUGGCCAUGGUAGGUAAUCCAUAUUGGAUGUCAUAAGGACCAGGGGGAUAUUUAAAGAGAGAAACAGAAACUAUAUAGAGAUAUAAAAUUAUAUUCACAGUUUAUCUACAGAUUUUUCGUAACAAUCUUUCUUUUCCAGUUUGAUACUGUAAAUCUAUCAGAGCAGAGCUUGGGGGCACGGGCACAGGUGGGAGUUGGGAGCAAACCGGAGGCCCGGGCUGCCCACCAUCCCCCUCACCACGGACUGCACCAGGCUGCUGGGCCCCCACAGGACAGGCUGCAGCGGGUGGCCGGUUCUGUCCCAUCUUGGGGUUCUUGGUGUCCACGUCUUGUGGGCCGUGGGCGACCACCUGCCCUCGGCCUGUGGUGCUUUGCCGGAGAGGGGACUCCCCGGCCCCCAGGGUGGACGGAGCCGCUGUCACCGCCCAGAGCCAGGCCGGGGAAGCACGGCGCGUUCUGCUUUUCUUUUCGGAUCGUUGAAAUUUCAUUGUCAUGAUUUAAUAUAUGGAUUUUUUUAUUUAAGAAAAAGACGAAGGCCUCUUUGCCGCGUGGGUUUGUUUUCUGUCUCUGUGCCUCCGGCUUCCCAAAGAGAUCCAGGUCUUUGCGUUUCUAGGGCGUGGGGACCCCUGUCCCCCAUGCCCCCACACCGCCUCACCCUGGCCUCUGUGCUACUUGGCAGUUCCAUUUCAAUAUUUAUUUUUGUGCUGCUUUUUAUCAUGAUAUAAAUUAUUGAGAACAGAUCACAUGUGGGCCCGUGUCUGGCCGCCGCCGCCCUGCCCCGUCCCUGCGGCCACCACCUAAUUUAUUGCCGUGCGUCCUGCUGCUGUGACCGCUUUUGUACCUUUGCAAUAAAGAAUUUUCUGGUUUCAGA